UCUGGGCGGGCGGCAGGGGCGGGGACUGCAGAACAGGCUGCGCUACGCGGUCCCCACAGCAGGCCUCCGCCCUCCCCGGCCGCAGCGCGCCUGGCACAUGGAGGCUCCUGAGGAGCUCGCGCCCGUGCCCGCGCGCGGAGGCCCGGAGACCAUCCUUGAGCUCCGCGAGGCGCGCCGCCUGCGGCUGUCCGACUUCCGAGAGGAGCUGCGGGCGCUCUUGGUCCUAGCGGGCCCAGCGUUCUUGGUUCAGCUGAUGGUGUUCCUGAUCAGCUUCAUAAGCUCCGUGUUCUGCGGCCACCUGGGCAAGCUGGAGCUGGACGCGGUCACGCUGGCGAUCGCGGUUAUCAAUGUCACUGGUGUCUCGGUGGGAUUUGGCUUAUCUUCUGCUUGUGACACCCUCAUCUCCCAGACGUACGGGAGUCAGAACCUGAAGCACGUGGGCGUGAUCCUGCAGCGAAGCGCGCUCAUCUUGCUCCUCUGCUGCUUCCCCUGCUGGGCGCUCUUUCUCAACACCCAACACAUCCUGCUGCUCUUCAGGCAGGACCCAGGCGUGUCCAGGCUUACUCAGACCUAUGUCACGAUCUUCAUUCCAGCUCUUCCUGCAACCUUUCUUUAUUUGUUACAAGUUAAAUAUUUGCUCAACCAGGUAAUGCUGAGUGUUCUCUUCCUUUGGGAGGUUCAUGGGAGUUUGUACCUUUCUGGGAAUGGGGGCCCUGAAGAUACUCCGGGACCAGGGACUCCAGGGUGGAGAGAGCUCACGGUUCCUGCAGGCUUCAGCGUGGCUGCCAGUGUCCGGGUGGGAACUGCUCUGGGGGCUGGAAACAUGGAGCAGGCACGGAAGUCCUCCACGGUUUCCCUGCUCAUCACAGUGCUCUUUGCUGUAGGCUUCAGUGUCCUGCUGUUAAGCUGUAAGGAUCACGUGGGGUACAUUUUCACUACCGACCGAGACAUCAUUAAUCUGGUGGCUCAGGUGGUUCCAAUUUAUGCUGUCUCCCACCUCUUUGAAGCACUUGCUUGCACGAGCGGUGGCGUUCUGAGGGGGAGUGGAAAUCAGAAGGUGGGAGCCGUCGUGAAUGCCGUUGGGUACUAUGUGGUGGGCCUCCCCGUUGGGAUCGCGCUGAUGUUUGCAACCAAACUUGGAGUGAUGGGUCUGUGGUCAGGGAUCAUCAUCUGUACAGUCUUUCAAGCUGUGUGUUUUCUAGGCUUUAUUAUUCAGCUAAAUUGGGAAAAAGCCUGUCAGCAGGCUCAGGUACAUGCCAAUUUGAAAGUAAACGUGGCUCGGAGUGGGAAUUCUGCUCUCGCGCAGGAUCUGCCUCACCCAGGGUGCCCUGAAAACCAUGAAGGAAUUUUAAUGAACGAUGCUGAAAAGACAGGCGAGAGUCAGUCGGAUCAGCAGAUGCACCAAGCACAACCUCCGCCCGUCCAUCCACGGGACAGCGCGAAGUUGUCCAGGAAACAGCUGGUGCUGCGGCGAGGCCUUCUGCUUCUGGGGGUCUUCUUAAUCUUGCUGGUGGGGAUUUUAGUGAGAUUAUAUGUCAGAAUUCAGUGAUGUCGCAGCAGGCAAAGUCAGGUCAAGUGGGGAUGCUUUUGAGCUUACACACAGAUACAGGCCCACCAGUGACAAUUUCCUUUCAGUUAAUGUCAUUCAGGUGCGCUCAUGGAUUUCGAAGAUUUGGAAUGCAAAGAUACAUUUAAAAAAAAAAAAAAA